UUGCACGGCGUACACAGAAAACAAAUAAAAUAGUACAUACGUUCUCGUUCAUAUGGAUACAGAAAAUCCCUACAAACCUGUUGAAAAUAAACUACAAGACAUUCAACAGCAACAAUUAAUCAUGGAUCAUGUUAAUUCUAGUGCUCCACCAAUGUACAAUAACUAUGCACAACCGAUGACAAGUGCUCCUGCUUCUGCAGCUACGGUGCAAAUUAUGCCAAUGGCUAAUCAGCCAAUAUUCCCUCAACCUGUAGGUCCGAAAUCUAUGGAAAUGAAUUGUCCCAGUUGCCGUUGUCGCAUUGAAACUACUGUACGUCAUCGUUCUACAUCUAAAACUCAUAUUGCAUGUUUGUUACUCUCUUGGACAUGCUGCUGUUGCUGUUUGCCAUACUGUAUGGAUUCUUGCCGCAAUGCUAAUCAUUUCUGUCCCAUGUGCGGAGCAUUCAUUGGUACUUAUUCGUCAUAAGUCGUACUUAUGAGAAUUUUUUUUUAUCUUUUAAAUAUGAAGCAUAAUUCAUAUGUUCAUACAUAUAUUAUUUUAAGGUACAGUUACUGCUGUACUGCAAAUACAAUUCGGUAUUAAUAAACAAAUCAUUUUUUAAAAGCUUUUAUUAACUUCCAA